UCAAGUGCGUUUACCUCUGCGCAGGUACGUCUUAGGAGCCUCCUUUUCAACUUUACCCCGGUACAAGCAAGAUCCAUUAGGUUAGGUAGGUCACUUAGGUACCUAUCUCUUCGAGACACUGCGUGAGGUACAUAGGUACCCAAUGUUCCUGCCACACAUCGCGUAUACUCCUCGGGUCUCUAUGCAAAUACCGAUCUUUACUAUGCACAUAUGCGGCUGGCGAAGAGCGAGUGGAAGCUGUGGAAUUUCACAACAGCGGCGCUCGGAUCAACCCCAUCCCAUCCGUUAUUCACUAAUCCCGUAAUCCAGCGUCGUCCUUCGACGUUGCCUUUCUCUCCAUUCCUUUCAAAGGGCUAACAGACCAUACUCUUUUCUUCAGUGCAAUACUGUCCAGUCCUCCCUCCCACCACGACUCCGAGAUCGAUCGAUUGAUUAAUCGACAACGCCGCCUCCUGCUUAGCCGUUCGACCGACUGUUGCCCUGUCUUGCACGCUGCGCGAGGAAUACAGCAUCGCGGCGCAGCUCAACAGCCGUCCACCAGACGCCUGCGAAACGACGAGGGCGCCCCGCAUUCUGCACGCGUGCGUGCCGGAGCUUCAGCGUCCAACCUCCGGCGCCUUGUAGUUGCGGGCGGCUACCAUAUCCAGUUAACCGUCCCGAUCGUACAUGGCUCCCCCCUCCCGAUUCGGGGGCGGCCCUCCGACUAUCCCUCCCUAUCAACACCAAUUCCCGUCGCAUCCCCAUGCGACAACACAUCAGCCGCCUACCCUGGCCAACCCAGCCUACAUGAGCAACGCGCAGAUAAGCCCCUUUACCACGAACGGGUUAGGACUCGGUGCCGGCAUCAAUGCCGGUGCUGCUGGCUUUGCCGUUGGCGACCAGACCGGCUUCGCAAGCCACGCCGCUAGAUCCGGCUUUCAGCAUGCCGCGGCACUACAACAGCAGCAUCCUCACCAACCCUCGCAUAGCAUGGGGGGCGAGCGGCAGCCACGAGCGGCCGGCUCGUCCAAAGCCCGCAUACGUGAGGUGUGGAAACACAACUUCGAGGAGGAGAUGACGACCUUGAUGGACCUUAUCGACGACUUCCCUUACGUUGCCAUGGACACGGAAUUCCCAGGCAUAGUCGGUCGGCCCAUGGGCAACUUUCGCGGCAAGAGUGACUAUCAUUACCAAUGUCUUCGCGUGAAUGUUGACCUGCUCAACGUCAUUCAGAUAGGCCUCAGCCUGUUCAACGAGAAGGGCGAGACUCCCGCCGACAGGGCCAACGCGUUAGCGGGCGAGGGCGGCCCAAACGGCAGACGACCCGUCGGCCAAUUACAAACCCCCCUCAGCUGGCAAUUCAACUUCAAGUUCUCCCUCAAGGAGGACAUGUACAACCAGGCGUCCAUCGAAUCUUUACAACAGGCUGGCAUCGACUUCGGCCUGCUCGAACGUGACGGUAUCGACCCCAGGAAGUUUGCCUCCCUCUUCAUCGUUUCUGGCUUCGUUUGCUUCGACAAUGUGAAGUGGAUAUCGUUCCAUGGCGGUUACGACUUUGGUUAUCUAACAAAACUGCUCGUGGACCAGAAGCUGGCGAACGACGAGAGGGAAUUCGACAAUAUCAUGAAGAAGUGGUUCCCGACGACAUACGAUGUCAAGCACUUGAUGAAGUACGCACUGAAACUCCACAAUACCGGAAUUCUGACCCCAACAGACCCUAGUUCGGCUGAAGUGAUGCAGAAAUUCGAGCAAAAGUCGGGCCUCGAGAGCAUAGCGGAGGCCUUCAAGAUAAAACGGGUCGGGGCCGCCCAUCAAGCCGGUUCCGACAGCCUACUCACCGGCAAGGUUUUCUUCCAACUGCGGGAGAGAAUCUACAACGGCGAGAUAUCUGACGACCAUAUCGGCAAGGUUUGGGGCCUCGGAUUCUCAGGUAUGGACAUGCCGGCACCAUCCCAGGGCCAGCCGAAUAAUACGGAGAGCACACCAUCCGGCGGGGUCAACGGCAACGGCAACGGCAACGGCAACACCAACAACGGUGGCCCUAGCACGCCAAGCACCGUAAGCGCCGGUCUCGCCAGCACCCCGGCCGCGCAGUCGCACAACACCAACGGAAUGGGAAUGGGGCCGAUGACGCCUGGUGGUGGCGGCGGCGUAUUUGGGUCUUUUAAUUUUCCAACUAGUACCAGAUAGAGUCCGUCAGUUGGAAGAAGCUGACCAGGCGGAGGAGGGUAAAAGGGGGGGGGAAGGGGGG